AUGGCUGCCUCCAUUAAUGACACACAUGGAAAAUCUAAAACAUUAUUUGUUCGAAAUCUUCCCUUUACAGCAACCGAUGAGCAACUCGAGAAUGUAUUUAAUGAAAUUGGGCCAGUGCAGAGAUGUUUUGUUGUGAGAAAGAAAGGUGAAGAGAAGUGUAAAGGAUAUGGUUAUGUUAAAUUUUCUCUUCUGGAAGAUGCAGUAAAGGCUCAGUCUAAAAAGAUAUUCCUUAAUGGAAGAAGGUUACUCACACAUUCUGCUGAUAAGAAGAAAAUUACAGACGAUAAACCCACAAAGAAAAAGAGAAAACAAAAACCAGAUUCAGAUGGGGAAGAUGAGCAAAUUCCGUCAACUGAAGUUGAAGAAGAAAGAAAGAGAUCUAACCAAGAGAAAAAAUACUUACGUUCUAUUACACUGGUUGUAUCUGGUCUAACUAGUCAUUAUACUUACACACAGGUCUCCAAUUUAUUUAAUAAGUACCUAGUCAUUAUACUGACACACAGGUCUCUAAUUUAUUUUAGUAAGUACCUAGUCAUUAUACUUACAUACAGGUCUCCAAUUUAUUUUAGUAAGUACCUAGUAAUUAUACUUACACAGGUCUCCAAAUUAUUGAAGGAUGUGAAGACUUUAUCUAAAAUAAUUUACCCUGUACAAGAAGUUGGCAAUGUUCAUCUGAGAUUUAAAUCAAUUAGAGACACUAAAAGGGCUGAAAGAAAAUUAAAUAAUACAAAUAUAAAUGGAAUAGAUAUAAAAGCUAUUCAGUUAUCAGAACAUCAGAAAUUACCUCGUGAUAUAAAGAGAUGUCGUCUGAUCAUCAGAAAUCUUUCUUUUAAGUGUAAGAUUGAUACCUUAAAACAGAUAUUUUCUAAGUUUGGACAAGUUGUAGAAGUUAACAUACCCACUAAAGAAGAUGGUAAAAUGAAGGGUUUUGGAUUUGUACAGUUAGGAGACUUGGUAUCAGCAGAUAAAGCAGUUAAAGCUAUGAAUGGACAAAAUAUAUUAGGAAGACCUGUGGCUGUAGAUUGGGCUCUAUCAAUAGAUCAUUAUAAACAGGCUUUACAACAACAAAAACAACAAACAGAAGGUGAUGGUGACCAGGAUAAGGAUGCAGAUGAUGAGGAUGAAGAGAUGUUAGAAAAGGAAGAUUACAAAGAUGCAUCUGAUAAUUCUGAUGGUGAUGAUAAUUCUGAUGCUGAAAAUGAUAAUGAAGGAGAGACAUCAUCAGAAGAAGAAAUUGAUGAAGAAAAUGAAGAUUCGGAAGAAAGUGAUGAAGGAUUUGAUGACAGUAAAAGUGAAAUUGAAGAAGUUUCUGAUGAUGAAGAUGAUGAUGAAGAAGAUGAUGAUGACAGUUCUAUUGAAGCUGAUGAAGUUAAGAAGGAGAAGGGCAGCAAGAAAACAGAAAGUUCUGAUGUUAAUGAAGGAAAGACAGUUUUUAUGAGAAAUGUAUCAUUUGAUACAACAGAAGAUAAAUUAUUAGAAGUAUUAAAUGAAUAUGGUGAUGUGAAAUAUUGUAAGAUAGUAAGAGAUGCCUUAUCAUUACAUUCUAAAGGUACAGCUUUUGCACAGUUUCGAGCAACUGAAAUGGCGAAAAAUCUCAUUGAAGAAGCUGCUAAGGAGAAAGAGAAUGAAGGUGUGUUAGUGGAUGGUAGAAAGUUAUUAAUAACUUUAGCUGUAGAUAGAAAAAAAGCAGAAGAAUACAGACAAAAGGAAGAUGAGAAAAAACAGAAAAAAGAUAAAAGAAAUUUAUAUUUGAUACGAGAAGGCUAUAUUCGACCUGGAACUGAAGCUGCUAAAAGUCUUGAGAAAUCUGAUGUUAAUAAAAGGUUAAGGAUUGAAGCUCAGAAACGGCAGAAGUUAAAGAAUCCGUCAGUAUUUGUAUCAGCUACUAGACUUUGUGUACAUAAUCUACCUACAACUAUAGAUGAUAGUAAACUCAGACAGUUACUGGUUAAACUUGUAAAUGAUAAAUCUUCUAAAAUAACAGAGUGUCGUGUAAUGAGAGAUUUAGAUCGUGUUAACAGUCAAGGUGUAGCUAAAUCUAGAGGUUAUGCUUUUGUAGAAUUUACCAAACAUGAACAUGCUUUAAAAGCAUUGAGAGAAACAAACAACAAUCCAGAUUUAUUUGGAGAUAAAAGGAGGCUAAUAGUGGAAUUCUCUUUAGAAAACAAGCAGGCUUUAUUAGCUAAGCAGAAACGAUUAGACAGACAAAAGGCAAAACAAGAAUCAUUACGCAGAGCUAAAGAUAAAGCAGAAAAGGGCAGUUUAAUGUCAGAUAUUAAACAAAAAACUAAAAAAACAGAUAAACCAAAUAAGAUUAAACAAAAUUUAGAUAAUGUUGAAAAAGAAAGUAGAGUGGCUAAAAAACUGUAUUCAGGCCCAGUUGGUUUUCCUAAACAUUUUGGACCAAAAGUGAGACACAAGGCAAGACCAACAGUCAAUACCAGUCGAAAUUCUAAACAAAUUAAACAAGUUGCAGGAAAUAAAAGAAAACCUGCUCACAGUGAUGUGGAACCUAUAAAGAAAAGAAGAAGACAAGCUGGUGAAAUUCGAGAUGAUUUUGAUCAACUGAUAAAUAAAUAUAAGAAGAAAUUAAUGUCUGAAAAAAGUCAGACCAGUAGAAAUCAAUGGUUAAGUUAAAAUUGACUGUAUAUUUUGUAUGGAUAAUGAUGAAAUUACGUGUGUAUAUAUGAUGUAUGUCCUAUGGAUCUCCAUCUGUUUGAGUCCUGAAAUGUGAGUUCGACUAAGGCAUGCAAUAUUCCAAAAGAAUUUGGCAGAACCAAAUAUGGUGUUUUUUCUUUACAGUAAAUGUUACUACAAGAGCUUCGUCAAUCGACAGUGAUAAUGAUAAAUUGUUUUCUUCUUUGCACACAUGUUAAAUUGUAGAUCACAAUUUUUCAUCAAGAGUCCUCCAAUAAAGAAACCCAACCCAAAAAAUAAUCUGUAAUCUCUUGUAUGCACUAGAUGUUUUUUUUUUAGUGCGACUAUUUGUUUGGACUUGGGCUCCAUUACAUUUCAUGUGGUACCAGAUUUAAAAAUAUGUCAAGAAAAAUAUUUAGUAGUUAAAUAAAUUUAUUUACAUUUUGACAAU